GGUCGGAGCCAGUGCUUGUAUCCCUUGGUUGCCCUUGCAUAGCAAUGUCGGAGACGGCGAGCUUCAUUGGCACGACGAUAUUCUUAACCUUCACUAUGACCCAACCCGAACCAACGGAAACUUACUUGACCCCCACCUCCACCUUCACCUCCCCCACGACCACCUUCUUCUACUCCUCAUUUUCCUUCUCUUCUGUCUCCACAUCCAGCAUAGCACCGUUCGCCAGCUCUAGCCUAGUAAACUCCACAGCAUCGUCACAGAGCGAGACCCACACGAGUGGAGCAAUCGGACCAACCACAACGACCCACCAUAACUCUACUGCUAUAGCUGUUGGGACCGCGUUAGGAGUGGGAGGCCUGAGACCACCCAACGACACCAUUGGCGACAAUAGGAACCCUGGAAUUGAGCCGUACACCAAAGUGGAGAUGCCCGCAUCCCCGCCGCUACCAACAGCGGUAGUGUCAGGCGUUGACAACGAGUUCAAGAACCACCCGACCGACGAAGGCGACGUCGACAUCGCCGCGCAAGGCUCGCAGUCCGCAAAUGCCGCCUCAGCGCUUCCAGGGGUCGAUGGACUCGGACGCAUAGGACAGGCAACCUCCUCCGAGUCAUCUAUUUCCCCACCCCCGAGCUUCGUGGCGCAGCCGUCAACGGCAGAUGUCCGGACGUCGUUUAACCUGCACAUAGACUCCGGCAUCCGCUUCGACAGUGACCCCGAAUCGCCAGUUCCGGUGCCUCGGCGACGUGUGGUUUAUCUGCCCCCAACAUACACGGUGGAUUAGAGUAUCAGGCAGUGAAUGGUGUCAAUCAAGUG